AUGGAGAUGGAAAAGGGUGCUGUGGGGGAGGUUGUCGAGCGGGAGAUUGGUGUCUCCAGGAUCGAAGCAGCCACUGCGGUCUGGGGCAAGCAAGGCAGAUGGCUUGUCAUCAUUGGCUUGGCGAUGAUCAUGGUGAUCUAUGAACUCGAUAACUCCACCGUCUAUAUCUACAACAACUACUCCACAUCUUCAUUCGGCGCCCUGUCGAAGCUGGCGACACUCAGCACCGCCGGCGCAGUGCUCUUCGCUGUCAUCAAGCCGCCGAUCGCGAAGCUCUCCAAUGUAAUGGGCCGUGGCGAAACGUACAUGAUGACCAUCAGCUUAUACAUAUUAUCCUAUAUCAUCAUGGCUUCGGCCAAAUCCCUCAACACGUAUGCCGCGGGCUACAUUCUCUAUGUCAUGGGACAGUCCGGAACAAAUAUAAUGAACGACAUUGUUAUCUCAGACAUCAGCAACGCCCGCUGGCGCGGUUUUGCAAUUGGUAUUUCUUUCACGCCCUUCCUCCUGACACCAUGGAUAUCCGCCUACAUCGUCGAAAGCGUCGUAGCCGGGAUCGGCUGGCGCUGGGGAAUCGGCAUGUUUGCUAUUCUUAUGCCCUUCGGCGCGAGCUUCAUAAUCACCACGCUUUUAUACUACCAGAUGCGCGCCAAGAAAAUGGGUCUCGUGCUUCGCCAACGAAUGACAGUCUAUGAUUUCUGCUCGCAGAUUGACUUGGGCGGAGUCAUUCUUUUCAGCGGCGGCUUUGCACUGAUCCUAGUCCCGCUUACCCUCGCAGCGACAACGACAAGCAGAUGGAAGACGCCGUAUCUCGAUGCAUUGAUUGCUGUCGGGGCUGCUAUGCUGGUAGCCUUUCCAUUCUACGAGACUCUCGUAUCGCGCUACCCGUUCAUGCCACCGUCUUACUUCAAGAAUCCAACUAUCAGCUUGUGCUUGUUCCUCAUCGCGACCGACUCUAUUGGCUUCGCAUGCACCCACACGUACCUGUACACAUGGGCGAUAGUUGCGCGGGGAUUCUCUGUCCGCGAUGCUACAUUCUACAACGCGACCAACGGCGUCAUGCAGUGUCUUUCGGGCAUUUUGGCUGGAGCAUGUAUGAUGUGGACACGGCGCUACAAGUGGCUGAUAGUAGUUGGUGCGGUUGUGCGGCUGAUCGGGUACGGUGUCAUGAUCCGGCUGCGAGGCGCAUCGAAUUCUGUUGAUGAACUUUUCAUCGUGCAGAUAGUACAAGGUAUUGGAUCGGGUAUUAUGCAGACCAAUUUGCUGGUUCCUGCACAGAUAUCCGUGUCCCAUAGGCAAAUGCCGCAGAUGACGGCGCUGGUUGUUUGCUUUUCGUUCCUGGGCUCUAGUAUUGGGGCUUGUAUUGCGGGCGGCAUUUACACGAAUACCAUUGGAGAGGCAUUGAAGAACCGGCUCGGUACAGAGGCGACACCUGCACUCGUCAAAGCACUCUCUAAUUCCAUUGUUGGCGUGGCGCCGGCUUGGGGAUCCCCGGAGCGUAUCGCUGUCAACUUGGCUUUCUCCGAUGUGCUGAGAUAUAUGACUUAUACUGCGCUGGCAGCCUCUGUGCCGGCGAUCAUUUUGGUUUGGUUCAUGCCCAACCACAAGCUUCCUGAUCGUAAUAACUUGGUCGAGGAAUAA